AACAACGUUUUCACCAUCGAACCUGGAAAAGGCAGCACAACUCUCUGAUUUGAUUGAAGAUGUCGAGUUCUCUGCCAAAAAUCUGGAAAAAUGGCUGCGCCCUUCGAGCAGGCAGCAUAGGCCCAUUAUGGAGGAGGCCGUUCUCCGCUUCUUCCGAUGCAUUGGUAGAGUACAAAGCUGGGGAGAUCGGCAUGGUCUCUGGCAUCCCCCAAGACCACCUUCGCAGGAGAGUUGUCAUUUACUCACCUGCUAGAACUGCAACCCAGCAAGGAUCUGGAAAAGUUGGAAGGUGGAAAAUCAAUUUUAUGUCAACACUAAAGUGGGAGAAUCCAUUGAUGGGGUGGACAUCUACAGGGGAUCCAUAUGCCCAUGUGGGUGAUUCUGCACUCGGUUUUGACAGUGAAGAAGCUGCAAAGGCAUUUGCUGAGCGUCAUGGUUGGGAGUAUGUGGUUAAAAAGCGCCACACACCGCUAUUGAAGGUUAAGGCAUAUGCAGACAACUUCAAAUUCAAGGGGCACCCCAAGACUGAUGACAAAUAAAUUUAUUUUUCGUGUCUUUUUUCCUGGUUUAUAAGCCUGAAGUUGUUCAAAUUGGAUGAACAUUUUCUGACGAUGGUAGUGAACUAUGCUGAGAAAAUCAUAUAUCCCUACUGAACACUUAUCUUGUAAUAAACGGAUGAGUUGAGGGUGCUGCUUCACAUCCCUUUUUCUUUUUCCCGGUUUCUUUGUCAAUGACAAUUACAAUUA